GGGAAGCGGACGUGUGCUUGCGGUCUCCGAGAAACCGAGAACUAGACUUCAGCGAGCCAAAUGCAAACAAAUAUGAUUUAAAUUGAUUAAUUUACAAUUAAUAGAGUUUAAUUUGUGCGCGGCGGAAAGGAAUAACGGUUGUACAGCAGCCAACUUAAGUCGGCGUAUGUGUGUGUGUUUGAGUGCGAGAAUCGGAAACAAGAAAUAGCAAGGAACGGCAACAAAAAACAACAAGGCGGCAAGAAGUGUAGGCAAAAGUGAAAAGGAAGAAGGAAAUGCUAAAGUACAACAACAAAUACAACACGAACAAAACGCCAGAGUGCAAGUGCAUCGCGUGAGUGUUUUAGUGUGCGUGUGCGUCAGUGUGUUGUGUGUGAGUGCGCGCGGCGGAAGUAGAAACGUUUGACUUGCUCUUCUUCUGCUUCUUCUUACCGACUCGAGUGCUUCGCCUUUUAUUUGCUCCGCUUUGCGGUUAACAUUCGUCGCGGGCAGCGAAUCGAAAACAAAAACAGAGAGCCAGGAUUAGCCCCAAAAGAAAAAGCGCCGCUCGUCGCCCGCUCACCACCACCCCCUUAAAGUGAAAACAAAACGAAAAGUAAAAACAAUGGACGUCGUCUUCGUCAUCGGCAGAUAACAACAAGAAACACAUCGAAAUAGCAACAACAAGGCGAGGCAAAAGCAAAGCAUUUCUGGGAUCUGGACAUAUCCGCUUCCGCGUUGCUUCUGUCGCUAAAAAAAAAGCGCUCAAGAAUCGAAGCCCAACGCAAACAGACGAAAUCACUCACUCACCUUUCAAUACGUCACCCACAGAGCGCACAGUGGAGCAAACAGAUAACCCCCCGUUGAAGGCAACUCUAGUGGCUACCACUAAUCAGAUCCGUUGACCAGGAGGACACUUCCUUAAACACUGUGGCUGCAUGUCCAAAAUGAAAAUGCUCCCAGUACAGUUAUCGUUGAAUUCGCUGAAUCCCGGCAUCUGGAGCGAUGUGCUCUGGCGCUGCCCCCCGGCGCCGUCCAGUCAGCUCGCCGAGCUGAAGACACAGCUACCCCCAUCCCUGCCCUCCGAUCCGCGCCUCUGGAGCCGCGAGGAUGUGCUCGUCUUCCUUCGCUUCUGCGUCCGUGAAUUCGAUCUGCCCAAGCUCGAUUUUGAUCUCUUCCAGAUGAACGGCAAGGUUUGCCUGCUGACGCGUGCAGACUUUGGCCACAGGUGUCCGGGUGCCGGAGAUGUGUUGCACAAUGUGCUGCAAAUGCUAAUCAUUGAGUCGCACAUGAUGCAAUGGCAUCUGCCCAACAGUCCAGUGACGCCCACCAGCAGAUAUCCCCUGUCGCCGCAUAGCCACCCGCCGACGCCCACGUGGCCACCGCUGAAUGCUCCGCCAGAGAGCAGUCCCUUCCACAGUACCCAUGGCCUGGCGGGUCAUCAUUUCAUGGCACCGAACUCUGUGACGCUCAGUCCGCCGCCAUCAGUGGAUUCCCAGGCGAGUAGUCCGCCCCAGGCUCCCUACCAAAACGGAGGAGGAGGAGGAGGAGUAGCACCUGGUGCGGGAGCCACAGCCACCUCGGCAGGCACGACCAACAGCAGCGGCAGCAGCAAUCCCACAUCCUCUAGUGCCAGCAGCACCGGAAGCAAUGGCUCCCAGCCAGCAUCAUGCCCUGAAGGGAUCAGCAGUGCCAGCAGUAAUCACUCCGAUUCCGAGGAGGAGUAUAGAGCGAAGCUGCCACCAGCACCGCUCUACAGCACGGCCAGUCCGCCGAGCACACCCAUUCUGAAAGACAUCAAGCCCAACUGGACGCAGCAGCUGACGAAUAGCUUCGUCAACUCCUGGUCCCAGCAGCAGCAGCAGCAACAACAGCAGGCUCAGCAGCAGCAACAGCAGGCUGCCGCCGUGGCAGCAGCAGCAGCGGCAGCCCAGGCGCAGCAGCAGCAGCAGCAACAACAGAUGCAACAGCAGCAACAGCAACUGCCGCAGAAGCUGACCCUGGAUAAUACUGCCGGUCCCGUGUUGGCACCUGCCGGUGGAUCCAUAUCAGCACCGACCACGCCCAGUUAUAUGUACAAAGCCAAGAGGGAGUUCUUUCCCGAGAACUCGGAGCCCAAUACAAAUGGUCGCCUGUUGUGGGACUUUUUGCAACAACUGCUGAAUGAUCGCACAAAGUACAGCGAUCUGAUAGCCUGGAAAUGCCGCGAUACGGGCGUGUUUAAGAUCGUCGAUCCCGCUGGAUUGGCCAAGUUGUGGGGCAUUCAGAAGAACCAUCUGUCGAUGAACUAUGACAAGAUGUCGCGUGCCCUCCGCUAUUAUUACAGGGUCAACAUAUUGCGCAAAGUGCAGGGCGAGCGACAUUGCUAUCAGUUCCUGCGCAAUCCCACGGAGCUGAAGAACAUUAAGAAUAUAUCCUUGCUGAGGCAAUCGACGCCAUCGACUGGUGGCGGUUCUUCUUCGAUGCCGCAGGCUCCUGGAAGUCCUGCUGCCGCCCAGAACUGGAAUUCCCAGCAACAGCAGCAGCAGCAGCAAUCCCAGCAGCAACAGCAACAAUCACCCCAGCGUCCCGCCUCGCGUAACGGUCCAAUGAGCCUGCCUGCCGUGGCAGCAGUGGCAGCCGCUGCUGCCGCAGCCUAUGGUCCACCGCCCACAUCGCCCCUCUUUAUGCAUGCGAUCAAUGGAGCCUUCCACUACCUUUCGGCGGCGGCAGCUGGUCCGCCACCCAAUUCCCCUGCCUUGAACACACCGUCAGCGAUUGGUGGACCCGAUAAAUUCCAGUUCCAUCCCCUGAAACUGGAGAGCAACGGUUCGGGAUCGGGUUCGGAAAGCGCUGGCGAGGACCUGAAGCCCACGGAUCUGAGCGUGAGCAGCAAGAACAAUAAUUCCGCCAGCAACGAGGACUGCUAUCCACUCAUCCGUAAUGCUGACGGUCUGACCACCAUUAAGCUGAUACGCCACAACAACGAUCACCAGGGAGGUGCACCCUCACCAGGGGAGCGGUCACCCAAGCCGGAUGACCAACAGUCCGCCAGCGUCGCCAUCACCUCCAAUGCCAGCUCACCCAGGCCGAUGGAUCAGGCCAGCAGUGAACAGGCUCAGCCGGUGCCCAUGGAUAGUGAUUGCAAUGGCGGGGAAUCGGAGGAUUCCUUCCGCCACAUGCGGCAGUAGGAGGAAGCCUAGCAGCAGCAAUAUCCUGUGACAAUCCACACAUCCAACUUCUUCCUCCAUCCCUCCUUCCUCUAAACACAACAUUACCUGAGCUAAACAAAAAAAAAAGAAGAAAUUAUGGGACCAGCACAACAAGGCGCACAUACAUCUAAAGAGGGAGACGCAUCUGCUGGACAUAGAUCUGGAUGGCUUUUCGUUUCAGAAUGGAUUCUUGUCGGAGGUAAUUCUUGGAGACUUUUAGGAUGUAAUUAAAUCAUUUACAAGAGUUGGAAAUAGAUGAAGAUCUUUGUUAUAAAUUUCUUUAAAGAAAUUCCGAUUCAUAAGAGUCCAAUGAUUACUUCUGGCAAGUCUCUUGCCAAAUCUUCUGUACAUAGAAAACACACAUGCAUACAUAACAUAUAUAUAUAUAUAUAUUUUAUACAUCAAGCAAAUAAUAUUUAUUAAGCUAAGCUAAGCUAAGGAAGCAGAGUGAAUGUAAGUAGAUAUCUUGAGCCGGCGCAGCGCAGCCUUCGAUAUAUGUGCCAAUUUCUACAUUUAUCAAAAAACAAAAAAAGAAAACAAAACAUAGGGAAAAACAAACCCCAAAAACACACACAUCAAUCAUACGAGAGUAGUGAGUAGAGAGUAAAUUAAUUAAUAAAUAAAUUAGCAAAUAGCAUAUGUAGAGCGUAAGUGUUGCCACCUUUGAGCUUUACAAAUGUUGCCUCAACAAAAUGGUUUCAGAUUAUUGAAAACAAAAAAACAAUUGUUAAAAUACGAAAAAUACGUGAAAAUGAA